AUGUCGACGGCAGACUCGCUCCUCCCCGUCGUCCUCGCGGCAGACAACUUUCCCCUGCACCCAUACCACCCCUAUCCGGUGCGGAACCCGCUCACCAACGAGCAGUACAUCCCCUUCCACCUUAGCCCAGCCGAUCACGCCCUCGAUCUCCCACCCGUCGGCCUGCUGCGACCCCAGAUCCUCGCCGCCUUGCUCGAAGAGCACGCUGCUAGCGGAUCAGAAUCCCCCUGGACGUUCUUUCGCGCCGAUCCCCAUCGCCAUGACAGCAAGAUCGUCUGCGUCGCCUUCUCUCCAGCCGUCCGGGCAAAGGGCCGCGAGGCGAUGAGCAAGGCCAUCGCCGACGUCGCGGCAAAGUGGAAGGCCGCUGGCAAGUUCCCCGAGGCUCUGGAUGGAUGGCGCAAUGAACUGUACACGAUUUACGCCUCGCCCAAGUCGAGUGCCCUCGCCAAGCCGACCGGAGCGUUCAGCAACACUGCGUUCGCAUGCGAGCGCGCCGCCUGCGCUCUCUUCGGCUUUGCGACCUUCGGCGUUCACAUGACGGCGUACGAGGGUCAGGGCGCCGACAUGAAGAUCUGGGUGCCGCGCCGAAGCCCGACAAAGGCCACCUGGCCUAGCAUGCUCGACAAUACCGUCGCGGGAGGCAUCACCGAUGGGCUCAACCCGAUCGAGACCAUGGUCAAGGAGUGCGACGAGGAGGCUUCCCUCCCCGAGAGCCUCGUGCGCUCCAGGCUGCGCAACGUCGGCGCCGCGACCUACUUCUACAUCACCUCCGCAGGCUUCCUCCAGCCAGAGAUCGAGUACCUCUACGACCUCCCUCUCCCAGCGCGUGACUCACCCGACUAUGUCCUACCCCGCCCCCACGACGACGAGGUCGAGUCCUUCUCGCUCUGGACCGUCCCCGACGUGAUCAAGGCCCUCCGCGCAGGCGAGUUCAAGCCCAACUGCGGCCUCAUCCUCAUCGACUUCCUCGUGCGCCACGGCCUCGUGACGCCAGAAAACGAGCCUCACUACCUCGAGCUCCAGUGGCACAUGCGCCGCCGCAUCGGUGUCGGAGUCCCGGCGUAGCCUCCGCCGCGUCGCUAGCUUCCUUCUUGGCAAAAAUGUAGAUGGG